AUGGCUUCGUUCCCCGAGACCGACUUCCAGAUCUGCCUGCUGUGCAAGGAGAUGUGCGGCUCGCCGGCGCCGCUCUCCUCCAGCUCGUCCGCGUCGUCGUCGUCCUCGCAGACGUCCACGUCGUCCGGGGGCGGCGGCGGGGGCCCCGGGGCGGCGGCGCGCCGCCUGCACGUCCUGCCCUGCCUGCACGCCUUCUGCCGCCCCUGCCUGGAGACACACCGGCUGCCGGCGGCGGGCGGCGGCGCGCCGGGGGAGCCGCUCAAGCUGCGCUGCCCCGUGUGCGACCAGAAGGUCGUGCUCGCCGAGGCGGCGGGCAUGGACGCGCUGCCCUCGUCCGCCUUCCUGCUCAGCAACCUGCUGGACGCCGUGGUGGCCACCGCCGACGAGCCGCCGCCCAAGAACGGCCGCGCGGGCGCGGGCGCCCACAGCAACCACCGGCACCACGCGCACCACCCGCACCCGCGCGCGCCCGCCGCCGCCGCGCCGCCGCCGCCGCCGCCGGCCGCGCCCGCGCCCGCGCCUUCCCGCCCGACUCCCGGCGGCGGCGGCGGCGGUGGCGGCGGUGGCCCCGGCCCGGCCGCGUCCCCGGCGGCGCUGCUGCUGCGCCGGCCUCACGGCUGCAGCUCCUGCGACGAGGGCAACGCGGCCUCCUCGCGCUGCCUGGACUGCCAGGAGCACCUGUGCGACAAUUGCGUCCGCGCGCACCAGCGCGUGCGCCUCACCAAGGACCACUACAUCGAGCGCGGCCCGCCGGGCCCCGCGGCCGCGGCCGCGGCGCAGCAGCUCGGGCUCGGGCCGCCCUUCCCCGGCGCGCCCUUCUCCAUCCUCUCCGUGUUCCCGGAGCGCCUCGGCUUCUGCCAGCAGCACGACGACGAGGUGCUGCAUCUGUACUGUGACACUUGCUCUGUGCCCAUCUGUCGCGAGUGCACCAUGGGCCGGCACGGGGGCCACAGCUUCAUCUACCUCCAGGAGGCGCUGCAGGACUCCAGAGCGCUCACCAUCCAGCUGCUGGCCGACGCCCAGCAGGGCCGCCAGGCGAUCCAGCUGAGCAUCGAGCAGGCCCAGACCGUGGCCGAACAGGUGGAGAUGAAGGCAAAGGUGGUCCAGUCCGAGGUGAAGGCCGUGACUGCGAGGCACAAGAAGGCCCUGGAGGAGCGCGAGUGCGAGCUGCUGUGGAAGGUGGAGAAGAUCCGGCAGGUGAAGGCCAAGUCUCUGUACCUGCAGGUGGAGAAGCUGCGGCAGCACCUCAACAAGCUGGAGAGCACCAUCAGCGCCGUGCAGCAGGUGCUGGAGGAGGGCAGGGCGCUGGACAUCCUGCUCGCCCGAGACCGGAUGCUGGCCCAGGUGCAGGAGCUGAAGACCGUGCGCAGCCUGCUGCAGCCCCAGGAGGACGACCGGGUCAUGUUCACGCCCCCCGACCAGGCCCUGUACCUUGCCAUCAAGUCCUUUGGCUUCGUCAGCAGCGGGGCCUUCGCGCCUCUCACCAAGGCCACCGGCGAUGGCCUCAAGCGGGCCCUCCAGGGGAAGGUGGCCUCAUUCACGGUCAUCGGCUACGACCAUGACGGUGAGCCGCGCCUCUCGGGAGGGGACCUCAUGUCGGCCGUGGUCCUGGGCCCCGAUGGCAACCUGUUCGGCGCGGAAGUGAGCGACCAGCAGAACGGGACGUACGUGGUGAGCUACCGGCCACAGCUGGAGGGCGAGCACCUGGUGUCGGUGACCAUGUGCAACCAGCACAUCGAGAACAGCCCCUUCAAGGUGGUGGUCAAGUCGGGCCGCAGCUACGUGGGCAUCGGGCUCCCGGGCCUGAGCUUCGGCAGCGAGGGCGACAGCGACGGCAAGCUGUGCCGCCCCUGGGGCGUGAGCGUCGACAAGGAGGGCUACAUCGUCGUGGCCGACCGCAGCAACAACCGUAUCCAGGUGUUCAAGCCCUGCGGCUCCUUCCACCACAAGUUCGGCACCCUGGGCUCCCGGCCCGGGCAGUUCGACCGGCCCGCCGGCGUGGCCUGCGACGCCUCGCGCCGGAUCGUGGUGGCCGACAAGGACAAUCAUCGCAUCCAGAUCUUCACCUUCGAGGGCCAGUUCCUGCUCAAGUUCGGGGAGAAGGGCACCAAGAACGGGCAGUUCAACUACCCUUGGGACGUGGCGGUGAAUUCCGAGGGCAAGAUCCUGGUCUCGGACACCCGGAACCACCGGAUCCAGCUGUUCGGGCCCGACGGGGUCUUCCUGAAUAAGUACGGCUUCGAGGGCGCCCUCUGGAAGCACUUUGACUCGCCGCGGGGUGUGGCCUUCAACCACGAGGGCCACCUGGUGGUCACCGACUUCAACAACCACCGGCUCCUGGUCAUUCACCCCGACUGCCAGUCAGCGCGCUUCCUGGGCUCGGAGGGCACGGGCAACGGGCAGUUCCUGCGCCCGCAGGGCGUGGCCGUGGACCAGGAGGGGCGCAUCGUCGUGGCCGAUUCCAGGAACCACCGGGUCCAGAUGUUUGAGUCCAACGGCAGCUUCCUGUGCAAGUUCGGCGCCCAGGGCAGCGGCUUCGGGCAGAUGGACCGCCCGUCCGGCAUCGCCAUCACCCCCGACGGCAUGAUCGUGGUGGUAGACUUCGGCAACAAUCGAAUCCUCAUCUUCUAA